AUGAAGCAGCUCAAUCUGGCACUACAAAUAUGCUUAACGACCUCUCUGAUACUACAGCUAGUCACUUGCUCAAACUUAACCCCAACGCCCAACCCAUGGCCAGACCAAUUCCAUGCACUUUUGUUUAUGAACUUGAGCACAACAAAGCUGCAGCUCAGUGACCUCUGGUACGACUGGCCUAAGGGCCGAAACGUCAAUAUAUUUCAGAAGCAGCUGGGUGAGGUUUUGUAUGACGUAGAGUGGAACAACGGCACGUCGUUUUACUACACCAUAGGGGAAAAUGGAGCAUGUGAGGUUAUGGAGUUUGAAGUUGGCAUUCCUAGGCCUGAUUUUCUUCUUGAUGGGGCACACUAUCUUGGGACUGAAGUCACAGAUGGGUUUCUUUGCAAUGUGUGGGAGAAGGUGGAUUUUAUAUGGUAUUAUGAGGAUGUUUACACUAGGAGGCCAGUUCGCUGGGAUUUCUAUGAUGGAAUAUCUAGUCAGGUGAUGACAUUUGAGGUUGGUGCAGUUUUGCCAGAUUCAGUGACUCAAGCACCUGCAUACUGCUUCAACCAAGAGAAAGAUGCAUAA